CCUCAGCCUGCUUGUGCCAAGUGACCAAGUAUCAUGUCUCGCCCCCAGGAUGACAGGAACCAGGAGGCCACCGUAUAUCUGGGCAACCUUGACGAACGCUGCACGGACGCGCUCAUCUGGGAACUCAUGAUCCAGGCCGGGCCAGUUGUCAAUGUUCAUCUACCCAAGGACCGCAUUUCCAUGGCACACCAAGGAUAUGGUUUUUGCGAGUUCUUGACGGAGGAGGAUGCUGAGUACGCAUGCAAAAUCAUGAACCAGAUCAAGCUAUGGGGAAAGCCCAUACGUGUCAACAAGGCAUCUUCUGAUAAAAAACAACUUGACGUUGGCGCGAACCUUUUUAUCGGCAAUCUCGACGAGAAUGUGGACGAGCGGGUGCUCUACGACACGUUCAGUGCGUUUGGCGUCAUAUCAACAACGGCAAAGAUUGCUCGCGACCCGAGCACUGGGCAGUCCAAGGGCUAUGGCUUUGUCUCGUACACUGACUUCGAAUCCUCCGAUGCCGCCAUAGAGUCUAUGAAUGGCCAGUUCCUCAUGAACAAACCCAUCACCGUGCAGUAUGCAUUCAAAAAGGAUGGCAAGGGUGAGCGGCAUGGCACACCGGCCGAACGUCUGUUAGCUGCCCAAGCACGGAAGAACAACGCGUUACCGGUCGCAGCACGCACCGCCGCGCCUGGAAUGUUCGCCGCGGGCCGCCCGGGCUUCCCCGGACCCUACCAGCCCGGUCAAUUCGCAGGAGCCCUUGCGCAGCCCCCGCCACCACCCGGCUUUACCCCGCAACAGACCGUCGUUCCCGGCGUGCCGCCCGUAGGAUUUGCACCUCAGCAGGCUAUUGUCCCCGGCGCGCCGCCUGCGUACCCGCCUAUGCCGCCUAUGGGCAUGGGCAUGAUGCCCCCGGGGAUGCCAGCAGGGAUGCCCAUGGGGAUGCCCCCGCCACCACCUGGCAAUAUACCCGUGUUCAACCCUCAGGCGGGCUUCCCGCCCCCACCGCCUGGCUUCGCUCCGAAUAUGCAGGGUAUGCCCGGUAUGAUGCCUCCGCCUCCCCCUGCACCCCAUUAUGCCCAGUAACGCUCUGAUUAUCCUGUACUCGUGUAGCUUGUCAUAUAUGUCACACUUUUUC